AUGAAGAUCGCGGUUAUGCAAUGCGCGUCUUCCAUGGCUGCCUGUUAUCUCAUCGCCAGCUUUCGAUUCAUCGUAUGCACCUUAGUUCUUGGCGUGUGUUACGCCCAAAGGAGGCCAAUCCAAGCCCAGGCUGAGCCACAGCAAUACGAAGACAGCCAAGACCAAUACCAGCAGCCAGCCAGACAAGCUCCUCAACAAGUAGCCCAGCAAUACCAACAAGAGCCCAGACAAAAAUUCGAAUCGACCACCUUCAUCCCAAUCAUCAGAUUCGAUAAGGAGCAAGGAAACGAUGGGAGCUACAAAGCCUCCUGGGAAACUGGUAACAACAUUCUCGCCCAAGAAGAAGGUUACGUCAAAAACUUGGGACCAAACCCGGAUUCCAAAGAACACGAAGACAUAAACGCUCAAGUCCAACAAGGUUCCUACAGCUACACCGCUCCAGACGGUCAGCUCAUCUCCGUAAACUACAUCGCUGAUGAAACCGGCUUCCACGCCACUGGUGACCAUUUGCCAACCCCACCACCAGUGAGCGCUGAGGUCCAAAAGGGAUUGGACUUGAUCUACGCUGGAAUCAAAGCCCAACAAGUAAGGAUCUAA